AAAAAAUUUGGAACAGAAAAUGUUAUUCAAAGGAUUUUUAAAAAAAAAUUAUUAACAAGUGAAAUACAGUUUAAAAUUAGUAAAUUAAAGCAUAAACGUCAAAUAUAAUCUCAAAAGAUUAUUUGGAGAUAUAAAGUUUGGCAUUUAAUAUUGUAUUUUUAAGCUCUGAAAAAUCAAUAAAAUGUCUAACGAAAGAGUGACAUUAGCGGAUGCUCUAUCUAACGUAGAGAUUUUGGAUGAAAGGCCUUUACCAGACGAACAACCAUUAAUUGAAGCAUCAACAUGCUCCAUUACCUUUCAUGCGAAUUUUGAUACCAACUUUGAAGAUCGCAAUGGAUUUGUUACUGGAAUAGCAAAAUAUAUAGAGGAGGCAACAACUCAUGCAAAUCUGAAUAUAUUGCUUGAUGAGGGUCAGAAGCAUGCUGUUAUGCUUUAUACAUGGCGAUGUUGUUCACGAGCGAUUCCACAGCCAAAAUCAAAUGAGCAACCUAAUCGAGUGGAAAUUUAUGAGAAGACUGUAGAAGUUCUUGCACCGGAAGUCAAUAAACUAUUGAAUUUCAUGUAUUUUCAAAAAAAAGCAAUUGAAGUUUUCUCAGUUGAAAUAAAACGAUUGUGUCAUGCUGAAAAACGGAAAGAUUUCGUGUCUGAAGCAUAUCUAUUGACACUGGGAAAGUUCAUAAAUAUGUUUGCAGUUUUGGACGAAUUGAAAAAUAUGAAAUCUAGUGUUAAAAAUGAUUAUUCUACUUAUCGACGUGCCGCACAAUUUUUAAAAGUUAUGUCAGAUUCUCAUACACUACAAGAAUCACAAAAUCUGUCAAUGUUUUUGGCCACACAAAAUAAGAUUCGCGAUACAGUGAAAGAUACAUUAGAGAAAAUUCCCGGAUUUGAGGAUUUGAUUUGUGAAGUUGUUAACAUUUGUGUGCACAUGUUUGAGCAGAAAAUGUAUUUGACACCGGAAGAGAAGCAUAUGCUUGUUAAAGUUUGUGGUUUUGGAUUGUUCUUAAUGGAUUCAGAAAUGUGCAACAUCAAUAAGCUUGAUACGAAGAAAAAACUAAGAUUGGAUAGAAUCGAUCGAAUCUUUAAGAAUCUUGAAGUUGUUCCACUAUUUGGGGACAUGCAAAUUAAUCCAUUUAACUACGUUCGAAAAAGUAAACAUUUCGAUGCAAGUAAAUGGCCUCUAUCGACAUCACAAGCAAUUAGUCCACAAGCUGAUAUUAUGGUUCAUUUACCAAACAUAAGGGAAGAACAUGUCAAAUAUAUUUCAGAAUUGGCAAAAUAUAGCAAUGAAGUGACAACAACUUACACAUAUAAAGAGAAUCAUUCAGAUUCUGAAAACCGUGCUGUAACUGAUCUUGCACUUCGUGGAUUACAAUUAUUAUCGGAAUGGACAAGUGUUGUUACUGAACUUUACUCUUGGAAAUUAUUACAUCCAACAGAUCAUCACCAAAAUAAAGAAUGCCCAUCAGAAGCUGAAGAAUAUGAAAGAGCUACAAGAUAUAAUUACUCAUCGGACGAAAAGUAUGCAUUAAUUGAAGUAAUUGCUAUGAUUAAAGGACUUCAAGUUUUAAUGUCUCGUAUGGAAACUGUGUUAUGUGAUUCCAUUCGUCGUCACAUUUAUUCUGAUUUACAAGAUUUCGUUCAGAUUGCAUUAAGAGAACCAUUAAGGAAAGCGAUUAAAAAUAAAAAGGACUUGAUCAGAUCAAUUAUUAUGUCUGUUCGUGAAACAUCUGCUGAUUGGGCAAGAGGAUGCGAGCCGCCAGAUGAUCCAGCAAAUAAGGGGAAAAAAGAUCCUGACAAUGGUUUCCAAAUUAAAGUUCCCCGUUUAAAUGUUGGACCCAGUUCGACUCAAUUGUAUAUGGUUCGUACAAUGCUUGAAUCAUUAAUUGCAGACAAGUCAGGAGGUAAGAGGACACUAAGGAAAGACAUUGAUGGUCCAUGCUUGAGUCAAAUUGAUCAAUUUCAUAAAAGUUCUUUUUAUUGGACUUAUCUGAUGAACUUUGGUGAAACUUUACAAAAAUGUUGCGACUUAUCACAAUUAUGGUAUCGUGAGUUCUAUCUGGAAAUGACAAUGGGAAGACGUGUAAAGAAAUGUACUGUACGCCAUCAGCACAACGAGGAAUGUAAUGAUUUAAUUACAAUGGAGAAACGCAUUCAAUUUCCUAUUGAAAUGUCAAUGCCAUGGAUUUUAACAGAUCACAUUUUGCGAACAAAAGAACCGUCAAUGAUGGAAUAUGUUCUAUAUCCACUUGACUUGUACAACGAUUCAGCACUCUAUGCUUUGACAAUAUUCCGAAAGCAAUUUCUAUAUGAUGAAGUCGAAGCUGAAGUUAAUUUAUGUUUCGAUCAAUUUAUUUUUAAAUUGUCAGAGCAGAUUUUCGCUCACUAUAAACAAUUGGCAGGAAGUAUAUUCCUAGAUAAACGUUUUCGUGUCGAAUGUGAAGUUCUUGGCUUUAAUUUCCAAUCAUAUCCAAAAAAUAAUCGAUAUUCAACUUUAUUAAAACAACGUCAUGUGCAAUUAUUAGGAAGAUCCAUAGAUCUCAAUAAAUUAAUAUCACAACGCAUUAAUGCUGAUAUGCAAAAGAGUUUAGAAUUAGCGAUUUGUAGAUUCGAAGCGUCCGACAUCACUGGCGUGGUAGAAUUAGAAGCUCUUUUACAAGUUAAUCGUUUAUGUCACAAAUUGUUGAUUAAGGAAGGACUUGCACUUGAUGACUAUGAAUGUAUGCUUAAUGAGGCAAAUCAUAAUGUCUUAGCUCCGUAUGGAAGAAUAACACUCCAUGUUUUUGACGAAUUAAAUUAUGACUUCUUAUCAAAUUAUUGCUUUAAUGCUGCAACAAAUCGUUUUGUCAGAAGUAAAUUACAAAUAUCAGGUCAACCCGUGCAACGAGAAAAGCCUCCUCAAAUGUUCCAUUACUUUUUAUGGGGAAGUAAACAACUAAAUGCCGCAUACUCAACACAAUAUGGACAAUUUACUGGUUUCGUUGGUAUUCCUCAUUUCCGUGCGAUAUGCAGACUUCUCGGUUAUCAAGGGAUAGCUGUUAUUAUGGACAUUAUUUUAAAAGACAUUGUUAAACCCCUUGUUCAAGGCAAUUUAUUGCAAUUCACCAAAACACUAAUGAACGCUAUGCCAAAAGUAUGUAAAUUGCCGAGAUGUGAUUAUGGAUCACCAGGAGUCCUUGAAUACUAUCAAGCUCAUUUGAUUGAUAUAGUUCAAUAUCCAGACGCUAAAACAGAGUUCUUCCAAUUAUUCCGUGAAAUUGGGAAUUCAAUUUUGUUUUGUUUAUUAAUUGAACAAUGUUUGUCUCAAGAGGAAGUCUGUGACUUGCUACAUGCCGCACCAUUUCAAAAUAUCUUACCACGACCGCACUGCAAGGAAGGUGAAAAGCCCGAGGCAAAGCAAAAACGUCUCGAACAAAAAUUCGCCUCAUUACAAAUCGUCCCAAAUAUCGAGAAAUUAGGUACGGCUAAACAAGCACUCAUAGCCCGCGAAGGAGAUUUAUUGACACGUGAACGACUUUGUUGUGGAUUGAGUAUCUUUGAAGUGAUUCUGCAAAAAUUCAAAACCUAUUUGGAUGAUAAUGUUUGGAUUGGUCCACCGCCUGCAAAUGGCGUUAUGCAUAUUGAUGAAUGUUCAGAAUUCCAUCGUUUAUGGUCAGCUCUUCAAUUUGUUUACUGUAUUCCUGUCGCAUCAACCGAAUACACUAUCGAGGAGCUUUUUGGUGAAGGUUUACAUUGGGCAGGAUGUGCUAUUAUUGUCAUAAUGAAUCAACAAAGAAGAUUUGAAGCCCUCGACUUUUGCUAUCACAUUUUAAGAGUUCAACGAGUUGAUGGAAAAGAUGGAACUGUGAAAGGAAUUAAUUUAAAGAGAAUGGUCGAUCGCAUUCGCAGAUUUCAAGUAUUAAACUCACAAAUAUUUGCUAUAUUAAAUAAAUACAUCAAAAACAGUGAAGGAGAAUCAAAUGUAGAGCAUGUGCGAUGCUUUCCACCACCCAUUAGUCAACAUGCUCAAGGAAGGAAUCAAAAAAUUUAUGAUUAAAUUAUAAUAGUAUUCACUAGUUAUAUGUAUGACAUACAAUAAUUCAUAAAAAUUAACUCGUAUCUCGCUUUUAAAUUUUUUAGCAUGCCUAUUGCAAAAUAAGCAAAUUAAAUUUAUUUAAGACCUUGAUUAUUCAAGAUUUUCCAUUUUCACAUAAACUAUAACUCUAUGUAUAAUUCAAAUUAUAUUAAAGGCAUUACAAACUUUUUACAUA